UCCAGUCGUUCAGUGCCUCAGAAGUCGUUUUAAAUUUAAAGCUUUAAAAGCGUCUCUGGCUCUAGUCUUUGCUCUUGCGAUAUAAAGCCAUGUCUACCCGCGGGUAUCCUAACGUGUGGAGUAAUUUUGAACGAAUUGUGGAAGACGGUAGGAUGUUAAAAUUCGAAAUAGAAGACAUUCCAGAAAGUAUGUGGAGUACAGCAGUGGAGUUCAUGCUCGGCAACUAUAUCCGUGAAGAUGUGUGGUGGAAAGCCGCUGGUACAGCGCUAGAUUUAGAGGCUGUACAAGAAUACCGCGUGCUGCUGACAUCGAUCAUUAGGCAGAAAAUGAGCGUGGCGUGCUUCCUCGCUGAAGGAGACGGCUCGGGACGCACACUCGUCGCUGUUAACAUGUGCUUGCCGCAGGAAAAGGGACGCUUCGUUGAACACAGGCCGCCCAAGUCCAAACCAGGUUUAUUAUCCCUACGAAUGUUCGCCGAGGCCAUGAAAGUGACAGCGAUUUAUGAUAAAUACAACGUGAACACGUACCUCAUGGGAGCUGGUUUGUCUGUCGCGCCCGAAUACCGGGGUCUGGGCAUUGCAGUAGAAUUGCUUAAGGCCAGAAUAAACCUUUCAAAGGAUCUGGGUUUCCGUGCAACAGGCGGCGUAUUCACAAGUGCAAAGGCACAGCGAGCUGCAGAAAAAGCGGGAAUGGAAUGUUUAUACCACAUAUCAUAUAAGAAAUUUGGAAAAAACUGCCAUAUUGUAUUUGAUUCGGACGCGGAGGACUUGAAAAUAUACGCUAUACGAACUGAAUAAACAAAUUCAAGUAAGACCGUAAUACACUUUGCAGAGAACAUAUUUAUUUUUCUUUUAAUGCCCUAGAGGUCGUAUUUCAAGAGUCAGCGCUGUACUGAAGUCAUGGUCUUGCCAGAAAAAAAGUAAACCUUGAUCUUUACGUAAUUUAAAAUAUUGAGAGGAUUCUUUUUCUUUCUUUUGUUUUUUUAUAGUAAAAUGUCUUUGAAACGUCAUAGACUUGUAACCAUUAGUUUUUAUAUCUAUCUUGAACAUGUCUUCGUGAAUAAAUGUGAAGAGAGAA